AUGAAGGACACAGAGGACUGCAUAAGUGAUGUUGAUGAUGAUGCAGGAUUUCGAGCGAAAGAGCCGGAUUUCACUGACAACACAGCAUGCCUUCCUACAGAUAUGCAUGCCGAUUGGCUUAGCGUUCUAGCUGGCGAAAAUUCUCGACGAAUAAGCGAAGCUACUGAAACGGAUCAUGUAUUCAUCAAUUUUCGCUCAGCUGAAUACAUUUUUACUGCAUGCACAAGACUUCGUCUACCAUCUGAAGUGAAAUAUGCGGCCUUGUUAAUCUUUGACAAUUUCAUGGUUAAGUUGGUGAAUGGGCUGCAUGAAUGCAUUUACAAUUCCAAUCGACCAGAUCGUGAAAAAUAUCGUGAAUGGGAGCAUAUCGAGGCGGCACUAUCACAAACAAAAUGGACGCGAAUAAUUGAUGCAGCUAAUUAUUGGCAACAAAUUAUGUAUGUUAUGGAUUGUGUUUUCAUCUACUGGACCGAUAUAUAUCAGCGAAUGAUUGGCAAUGUUGUGGGCGCUGCUGUUCCAGUGCCACGUGAGCAGAUUUGUCGUGUGCAAGCUGACUGGUUUUUGAUGGCAUGUGGAGUGAUUGUUACAGCUGCAUGUUGCGUAGAAGGAGCAGAAGCUGCCGAUGAAGUACUUUUUUUUUCUGCAUUUCCCCAUUACGAAUAUGGAAUAUACGUAGAGGGGCAAAUUUCUGCAUAA